GUCCGCGUCCCUGUCCACUCGCCCGGCUCGCCCGGGCGGCCGCGCGCAGCCACGGCGGAGCAGCCCCGGGACUGGCCGCCCCGCGCGCCCCUGGCCGCCGUGCCCGUGCCCGGCGCGCUGCCCCCGUUCCCGGGAUGGGAAGGUAGCGGCGGCGCGGGCUCGGCGGGGAGCGCGGCGGCGGCGGCCGAGCGGGGCUCCAUGUUCGCCCCCGGCCCGGAGGAGCCCUGCGCCCCCGGCAAGGAGCCGGUCAAGUACGGGGAGCUGGUGGUGCUGGGGGAUCGAACUCGCGAUUGCCUGCUUACAAGGCAGGCGCUUAUGCCGCUGAGCUAAAUCCCCAGCUCCCGUUUCCUCGACCGGCGUUUCUCUCAGCCUGCUCGGCAGAGAACUCUGCAUACCAUGCUCGCCAAUCAAGAUAACUACCCGAAGGAAGGCAUGCCUUGGCCAGCUGCAUCCAGUCACCCGGUGUACAAUGGUGCUUUACCUAAUGGAGACAGAGGACGGAGGAAAAGCCGCUUUGCCCUCUAUAAGCGUCCCAAGGCGAACGGUGUCAAGCCCAGCACUGUCCACGUGAUAUCCACACCCCAGGCGUCUAAGGCUAUCAGCUGCAAAGGCCAGCACAGCAUCUCCUACACUUUAUCAAGAAACCAGACGGUGGUGGUGGAGUACACACAUGAUAAAGACACGGAUAUGUUUCAGGUGGGCAGGUCCACCGAAAGCCCCAUCGACUUUGUCGUCACAGACACCAUUUCUGGUGGCCAAAACAGCGAGGAAGCCCAGAUCACACAGAGCACCAUCUCCAGGUUUGCCUGCAGAAUCGUGUGUGACAGGAGUGAGCCUUACACAGCACGGAUAUUCGCUGCUGGCUUUGACUCUUCCAAAAACAUCUUCCUUGGGGAAAAGGCAGCGAAGUGGAAAAACCCUGAUGGCCAUAUGGACGGGCUGACCACCAAUGGUGUCUUGGUGAUGCACCCACGGGGCGGCUUCACUGAGGAGUCGCAGCCUGGGCUAUGGCGUGAGAUCUCGGUCUGUGGGGACGUGUACACGUUAAGGGAGACCCGCUCGGCGCAGCAGAAGGGCAAGUUGGUGGAAAGUGAGACCAACGUGCUGCAGGAUGGCUCCCUCAUUGACCUCUGCGGGGCCACGCUUCUCUGGAGAACUGCGGACGGGCUCUUUCAUGCUCCCACGCAGAAGCACAUUGAAGCCCUGCGGCAGGAGAUCAACGCAGCCCGGCCCCAGUGUCCUGUGGGGCUCAACACCCUGGCCUUCCCCAGCAUCAACAGGAAAGAGGUGGUGGAGGAAAAGCAGCCCUGGGCGUAUCUCAGCUGCGGCCACGUGCAUGGAUACCACAACUGGGGCCACCGCAGUGACACGGAGGCCAACGAGAGGGAGUGUCCCAUGUGUCGGACUGUGGGCCCCUACGUGCCUCUCUGGCUGGGCUGUGAGGCGGGAUUUUAUGUGGAUGCAGGCCCACCAACUCAUGCGUUCACCCCCUGUGGACACGUGUGUUCAGAGAAGUCUGCAAAGUACUGGGCUCAGAUUCCACUGCCUCACGGGACCCACGCGUUCCACGCUGCCUGUCCCUUCUGUGCCACGCAGCUGGUCGGGGAGCAGAACUGCAUCCGAUUGAUCUUCCAGGCUCCGGUUGACUGACGCCCCUCACAGCCACCUCUGGACUGUCAACAGUUACUGUGAAACUUCGCCACUCAUACUAGAUCCUACCUUUUUGUAACGCUGUUUGCAGAGGGGAGGGUGGACUGGGGCUGGCUAGGACAAAAGGGGCUCAGUGUGGAAACUCAGCUAUGGUGUGGCCACGUGUUCCAAAAUCUGGCGGAGUCCCCGGGGUCUGCCUAGUUAAACCAUAAUCUCUGUGUGAUGGUUGGCAGUACGCGGCCCUGCUGUUAUUUUUAACCUUGGGUUUUAACCAGGUAUUUUCCCUUUGUAAACUCAGACAAAAUUAUAAAUCCUAUUUUGCAAGUGUACAAGAGGUGUGUUCACACGUUGUUGGUUGGUAGCAUGCAGCCUUGGUGUCACCUGAAGACACAUGGUGUCUGUGCCCGCUGCCAGUGCCUGGAAUCCGACCCAGUGGCAGAUGUGGUUGACAGGCAGGAGACGGUCGAUGCAGGGGCUUGUUCUGAACCAUAGGGCUUUUUUCUAGUUUAUUUUCUCACAUUUUGGGGGAGAGAAUAUUGGUGUAUGAUUGUGGGGUUUUUUUUAAGUUAGUGGAAUUUACUUACCCACUCAUACCAGAUACUUGGCAUUCCAAACAAAAGAACUUUCCAUGAUGUUUUAGUCUGCGUUUUCUAUUUCUGCUUAAAUGAUUUGUCCCUGAUUCUCAUCACACGUGAGCAGCGCGUCUUGAUUGGUUAAAUACAGCAGCCCUUAGCAGUUGAUAAGCAGGCGUGCAGGGGCCACUGCACAGCACUGCGGCCUGGGCGCUGUACACCAGCUGCAUCUGCACGCAGAUUAUUCAAGCUCUGAGAGAUUCAAAGUGCACUUUUACUUUUUAAAACCACUCAUUGAGGUUUCCUCAGAUGUUUUUUCUUUGUCUUCUAUAAGAAUCAGAACUCCGUGAAGCCAAAGGCACAAAUCGUAAUGAUGCAGGCACUUCUCUCCCCCACUCUCCCCCAUCUGUCCCCUUCCUUGACAGCUUCAGAAGCCCAAAGGUUUCAAAAUGUUUGCAAAUCAAACCAGAUUUAAAUGUGACCACUAGCCAUCCCCAGAACCAAGUGGUACAUCUGCAGAGAUAAUUUGAAAUUCCAGACUGGGAGAGAGCAAAUGAGUAUUUUGUGAGGAGAAGCUGACUCAGAAUUCCAGUUCGCUCCCACCCCUCUGCCGCUGUGUUUUCAUUUUGAUGAGUAAUUCCUGGGUGCUCAUUUUCUGUGUUUGCUACUGGAAGCGUCGUUGUUCCUGAAAGUAGAAAAGUUGGGUGAGCUGAUACAGGCCUCUGCACGUGGAGCGAGUGUUCAUUUGAACUAACAUCCCCUCUGAUGAAUUAUUGCAGAUUUGAACUACAUUUUUUUAACUUUUGUAAAUAUACGUAAUUUAUAUGAUUCUAAUAUACUAUAUUCAUACUUGAAUUGGUUUUCCCAUAUUUUGUCUAUUGGCAAGUGUUUUGCCUAUUUUUAAUCAUUCUAACCUGUUUGAAUACUCUUUUUCUUAAAAUGGUAAGAUACAUAUCUCUUAAUUGCUGCUGCUUAAUUUAACUUAAUAUUUUAAAAGGUCAGCCUGUCAGUUUCAAAAUAGCUUUAUUUUUCAGUGCAGAUCAUUGUUUAGGAUGAGGUCUUUUGUUUGGGUAAUUUUUAAGUGGUGUGAAAAUCCAACAGCAGUCCUCUUACUGAGAGCCUCCUUCUAGUCUGUGCAGUUUACCUGCAGACACAAGAGGAAAAAAACGGAGUUGCCUACAAUGAUGUAUUGAAUGCUGUCUGGCUGAGACAUGAUCUCCAAUGAUUAGCUGUCCCUGAGAGAGAGUGUCUUAGAGCUGUAAUCUUUGGGCUCCAAAAAGCCAUGGAGGAGGCACUGACUCCCAUGUCUUGCUGUAUACCCCAAGAUCAUCUUGUGGGGUACAUAGCCUUGCACCCAGAAAGGCUGCAUUUCAUCUACCAAGAAAAAUGAAAAGGAAGGUUUCUUUCUGACAAGUUAUGCUCUGCCUGCUACCACAUGUCCAUGAUCAUAAAUAUGUCUGAUAAUUGUGCAGGCAACAGAUGCCCCAAAAUAAGGUUACUUUUGAACUUGAAAAGUUUCUGACCUACAGUAAACUCAGAUGGCUUAAGUGCAAGCUGAAAUUCAGGCAGUAAAUUCUAAACUCUUAGAAAGGGUAAGAGUGUUGCCCUUGGUCAGCUUCAUGUCUUCUCCUUGGGCUUCCAAGUGAGGUCCUCUCCUGCCGUGCCCAAGCACUCGCCGUGCGGGUGUGCAGCAGUGGGAAGGUAAGCCAGACUUACAUGACUACUUUGAGAACUUAGAUGCCCUCAUAGUUUUGACUGAUAAGAUUUGUUUUCAUAUUUGAAAGCAGUUUGGUUUGUGAGAAUAAAGAAUUCUAGCCUACCAAAGUAGAAUGACACAGUGAAGAAAGGCAGCCUCGCUAAGGUCACUUCCGCCUUACCUCUGUCCCACCAUCAAGUCCAAGGACAAGAAUAGCAUUCCCAGUGCUUGCGUUGGGAGUCCCGGCCAGCUGUCCUGCUCUCGGCCCAGCUGAGAUGCUUUUUUUUGAAAAGGUUCCCAGAAGUAGAUCCCCAAUCAUAUAUUCCCAAGGAUUUUUUUUCUCAGUUGUUUUAUGUCAGUUUACUACAAACAAACAAAAAAAGAUUCAGAGUGGGUGGUGUACAACUCUGAGUAUUUUUCUAGUCUGGAAUUUUUUAUUAAUAAUCGGUGCUGCCGGGUCAUGCAUGCUGCAACCCUCGACAUUUCCCUCAUUGGUUCUGCGUUUUGCAGAAAGGGCUACAGUUCACCCUGCAGAGUAAGUAUUAAGCGUUCUGGGUUGUUUGGUUUUAUUUUGUUUUUUUCUUCCUCAACUGUGGCCCAAAAGAAUUAAAAUCUUUUAGUAUAAAUAACAUUUAUCAUUCCUCAGUAGUUUAUUAGUUACAGAGUUUGGUACCUUUGUGCCUCAGGGAAGCCACGUGAUAGAACUGGUUUUAGAAAUUCAGGGUUAGGGUUUAAAGAAAGGAGAAAGCCAUUGGAGACAUGAUGGGCUCCGGGACAGAGACGAAUGAAUCUGGAUGCAGGACUGUGCCAGGGGCUGGCACAGACAUGAUUGUAGUAGAAUUUAUCUUCCAGUACCAGUGGGGAGAUCAUUUUAAGUUAUUACAUGUACUGUACUAGGAAAGUUGUGGAGAACUUUUUUUCAUAAAGCUUCAAUGCCUUUUACUUUUGCUUAUAUAGAAAAAUGCAAGCCUUUUGUUAUUUGGGAGCUCAGUAUUAUUUGGGCACUUUUAAGAGUUGAGGAGCUCAUUUUAUGCUUAAUUUAAGUAUACUAUAUAGAGUUAUUGUCUAUAGUUCUGAUUUUGUUUAACUUCUUUCUUCUGUAAAGUCCUUCUGUUCUUUGGGUAUGCGCGAGAAGUGUGUGACGGCACCAGUGGAUGCUAGGUAGACAAGUGCUGUCUUCCUGUGAGCUUGCCUCCUAGUGGGAGAAUUUCUCACAGGCAAACCACGGGACUUUGAUCUGAAGCCAGGUGCCACUCUGUUCUCUUGGCUGCCCAUCCCACGUCUCCAUCGCAUAGCCUUCACUGUGCUAGUUCCUUCUGUAGUGCUGGAUGGAAGAUCAUUCUGUUGUCUGUUCUUUAUGACACAAAGACAAAGGCGAUAACUUCAGGAUUUUUUUAAAAGAAUGUAAGCAGUACUGAAGAGUCCAACAGAAGGUUCAGUAUUUUCUUUUUACUAAGACAUAUCCUUUCAAAUAAGUUCUUCACCCUCAUGAAGAACCCCUACAGAAUGGGAGGAAACAAAUAUUUUUCCAGUUCUAUUUAAGUGUUUCGUAGUAUGUUUCUAAACAAACAAAAAGUCAAUGCAAGGGAAGUUGCUUUUUUUUUUUUUAAACUGAGAUGAAAGCUCACUUCUUUAUAUUUAGAAGUGAAGGGGUGGUCAUAUUUACCAGGUAGAGUGUUAUGAGCAGUUAAAUUUUAUGGAUAUAUUUGUAAAAUUGUUCUUUUAUAUUUCAUGUUAAAUUGAAAAGUUUAUUUCUUCACUAUUGUACCUGUGGAAAUACAAGCCAUUUUACAGGAAAAACCUUCAAAACCUAUUAAACGAUCUCACUAUGUUUGCGA